AUGAUUUCAUCUGCUAGGCUUGACUUAAAUAUUUUUCUUUCUCUCCAUCUGCUGCCUUUAUUUAGGAUAAUUGACGAAGAUGAAGAAGUUGAAGCUGACAGAAAUGUUAAUCAUCUCCCCAGUCUUGUCCUUUCUGAUACCAUGAAAACUGGUUUGAAGAGGGAAUUUGAUGAAGUCUUUACGAAGAAAAUGAUUGAGUCCAUGAGCCGUCCUUCCAUGGAGCUUGUGCUCUGGAAACCUCUCCCUGAACUCCUUUCUGAUAAGCCAAAGCCAUCAUCUAAUGCUAAGAACUACACAGGAGAGAGCCAAACUAAGCAUGGAGCUGCUGGCACUGCCUUCCCUCAGAGAACUGAACUGUUCUUAGAACCUCGGCAAACAGGGAUGCCUCUUUACAAUAGUUUGGAGACAGCUGCUAACACAGAAGAAGAG